GUUGAAAAAUUUACAGAUGUUUUUGAUAAAGUGAUACCCAUUUUUGAAAAAUUUAAAUUACAUGGUGUAAAAUCCAAGAAUUAUGAGGAUUUCAAAAAAGCGGCUUUGCUUAUUAAAAAUAAACAACACUUAACUCGAGAGGGCCUAGACCAAAUUAAGAAAAUAAAAGGAAGUAUGAAUAAAAAUAGAAAAUAUUAA